UUGAUAACCCUACACACUCCCCCGCUUUUACAAUACCGACCGCUAGAACAGCCAAACCAGUCACUCUCCCUAUUUUUCGAUACAAAAUUCGCCGAAAAUGCACCCCUCCGUCUCGCCUUAGCUGCUCAUGGGAUGCAAUCUAAAAUUUUUGACUCCAGUACUCCUGUGUCUGCCGGCAAACAUCCACGCGCAUCCCAAACUGCAGCACCCAUUGACCUAAUUGGCCCGAAAACCCAAGCCUCCGGCCAUGCAAGCUCAAAGGUUAAAGAGAGCGAGAUGGCUAGGGUGGUUUCUUCCCCAAUUGAUGACCACUCAGAAAACGACAAAUCUUUUCAGGGUAUCACUAAAUUUGAUCCUUUCCCAUCAGCUGUGGAAUCCACUUUUGCUGAGGGCAAAAAGUCGUCUAAGCCUCUCAGAUCACUUUCGCACGAUGGAGCUGAUCUUGUGCCCCAAAACGAGGGGAUCCUACCGCCUUUCUCACCUUCUCCGGCAUCACGAUCCCGAACAACAGCUACCAGGUCAAGUAAUGGUUCGAGGGUGUCUCAAAACUCUCGGCCCGCUAAUUCUACUUUGGAAGUGACCCGCAAACGUCCCACUGGCGUGGGGGAUGAGAAAACGUCUGCUAAAAGACGACGACUUGAGUCCCCGAAGAGGCCUUCUGGCACUUCCCCGAAGUCCAAGCCUGUUACCUUUUCUCCAUCUACUUCACGCUCGGGCCAGAAGAUUCACAAGAGCUCAAACAAAAAGCGAGGUCGUCUCCCAGCCCCUCCCGCACUCUCUGACCAGCUAUCUACUGACUUCGGCAUUGUCUUGGCUUCCCAACCGGAGCUAAAUCGGCGACCUAGGCCCACUCCACUUGCAAAGCACCCUCGCAGUUCGCCUCAUACAUCGCCCAUUAUCCCGGAAACAGACGACAUUCUCAGGGAAGCCGAAGGCGUUACAAUCCCUCCCACGAGAAGGGGUCGCGUAUCAAACAUGAUCAACGAAGAUGGCAGCGAAGAUACUCCAGGAACCAAUGAUCCGAAGGUCAUAACACCGAGAGCUGACUCCCCUCCAAAGUCGGCGAGCUUCGCCAUGACUGAGAGCGCAUUGGAGCAUAGCGAGCCGGUCUAUUCCCUGGGAACCAGUAUUACAUCACAUCUCUUUUCGAAGCAAACCGGUGUCUCAGAAGGUCCAAGCGGGAAAACUCACACAAUUCAUGUGAAGGUCGAGGACAGUCUUAUCGACGGCAACGACGGCACUCCUGAGGUUUCUAAGAAGAGGAAAAAUAAAAAGGCUCCUUGGGAGCAGCCAAACUUCCCUUCAUCUGACCCACCCAAUAAGUUUGAUAUCCGACUCCCUCCCGAGCCACGCUAUGCAGCGCCGCAAGUUGGUUUGAUGGACGGGGCAAUCAAGGAUAGCAAAGCUGGCCCUGCAAGAAUUGAGCCAAUUUCAGGUUCAGUGGACUUGAACGAAGUAUACUUUCCACUUUCUACUGAUGCUGCUCGAACGCCUGAAGAAUUGGGCAGGCUCUCGAAACUAGUGCUCCGCUAAGCCAUCGGAAACCUACUAUGCCACGAUCCCCAGCUCCAGCGAAGACUGUCUCGGAACGAGAUCGAUCCGAGUUGCACGUUUCCCGCUCGACUAAACGUAGCACCAGUUUCGAUAUUGGCAAAGAAACCCCUGGAGAACCUACGCGAUCUUUAUCUGCCGCGAUGGCCGUCUGGGAUCCCACUCACAAUACAUCGUCGAAUAAGGGGGGACUUUGGGUAAGUUGACUCACCCGCUACAGCGCUUCUUAUCGUCGUGACUACCUUGGCACCAAUCACAAGAACAAAAACCCUCCCGCU